AUGCGGUUUCAAUGGUGGGAGAACUCCAUUGAGCUACACCCAAGGACAUACGACAAGUUGACCGCUGCCGCACACGUCGUCGGGCCGUAUCUGCCGCCCAUCAACUUCAUCACACUGCACUAUGCCUACUUCAUCGCCACCACGAUCGUGGGUACGCUCAUCUUCUGGGGCGCCUCCGCCCCGAAAUACAGCGUCGGCUGGUGGGACAGCAUGUUCAUGGUCAUGUCGGCCCUGACCGCGUCGGGUCUCAACACAGUCAACGUCAGCCAGCUGACGACGUUCCAGCAGGUGGAACUCUGUAUUUUGAUGAUAAUGGGAAGUCAGGUCCUGAUUUCGUACUUUACGAUUGCGUUUCGGAAGCACGUCUUCGAGAAACGCUUUGAGGACAUCGUGGAGAUGGAGCGAGAGAACAGGAAGAGAAAGGUUUCGGGCACCGGUGCCCUGGUUGGCAUGACAGGUGCCAUGUUCGGACUGCAGGUCAUGUCGUCCUUUGGAAAGGGACGGCCGCAGAGCAGGGCGCAAGCUUCCAACGAUGUAAACGCCCCGGCUUCGCCCGUUCCAAAAACGCCUUCUUCCGAGCCAUCUGCUCCAGAGGUCCAGAUGGCAGAUGCUAGGAGCCAACAGCAACAUAUUGGCUUCCUCGAGCCCAUCCAUGAGGGCAAGUCGUCCGGGGCACAACCAAUGGCAACCGGACACUCGGUAUACCAGACACCAUCUCAUCAAAGUGGGUCGACAAGACGCAGACCUCAAACCGCGGGAUCCAAGCCGACGAUGUCUGAGGGAUUCAACGUGCAAACGUUCCUAAGCGAACAGAAGCGAAAUAUCGGGAGGAAUGGCGUUUUCUACAACCUGUCGGAAGAGGAGCGAGAGUACCUCGGCGGUGUCGAGUAUCGCGCACUCAAAUUUCUCUCCGUCUUCGUCAUCGCCUACUUUGUGCUCUUUCAGCUCUUUGGUGCCAUUGCCCUCGGUGCCUGGAUGGCCGUGUACGAGACUGAGGCCGCCGCGGUCAACCAGCAGAACCCGUGGUGGGCGGGAAUCUUCCUCGCCAUCUCGGCCUAUAACAAUGCCGGCUUCACCCUGCUUGACGCAGGUUUUAUCCCCUUCCAGUCUUCUUACUUCAUACUUACUGUCGUCACACUAUUGUCGCUGGGAGGCCCGGCAGCUUUCCCGGUGUUCAUGCGACUCUUAAUAUGGACCAUGUCGUCUCUGCUGAACGUUCUUUCCAAGAGCAAAGAGUAUGGCGUCUGGAAAGAGGGUUUCGAUUUCAUCAUGAGAUUUCCUCGCCGUGUGUACACGAGUAUGUUCCCUGCCCGGGACACUUGGAUAUUUGUGGCUACGUUCGGGGGUUUUGUGAUAGCGGAUUGGGUCUUGAUACUUGUGCUUAGCAUAGGAAAUCCGACCAUGGAGGCUAUUCCCCUGGGGCAGCGGGUUUUCGAUGCCCUUUUCCAAGGGUUCUCGAUCCCUUCAGGAGGUUACGCCAUAGUAUCUCCUUCAGGCAUAUACUUCGAUGUCCAGGUGCUUUGGCUAGUCCUGUACUAUACAGCAGCCUACCCACACAUCAUUACCAUGCGAAACACGAACGUCUACGAGGAACGAUCCUUGGGAAUAUACGAAGGCGACCAGACAGAAGCGGAACAGCUUCACUCUGCAAGCAGUAGUCUCUUCGAUGUUGACAACGCCAGCGUGCCGGAUCGAACAGGAUUUCAACCCCCCGCGGCCAACCAUAACAACAAGUGGGACUCAUUAUCGCGUACACCAACUACUAACUCCAUCAAGAAGUUAUCCGCAGUUGGGCGGCGCAGCACCGCAUUCGUCGGACGCCAGAUCCAGCGCCGCAUGACGGCGUUUCAAGGCGUCGGUGUCGCGACCGCCGCACCAGCAGCAACACCCCCGCCACCGCAACGGCUCCGCCGGGCCGAAGUCAUCGACUUCGGCCGAGCCUCUGUUCACUCUCUUCAAGGCCAGGCUCUGCAUAACGGACCCCCGAGCCUCGUCUCGCAGCAGGUGCGGGGCCAGCUGAGCCACGACGUGUGGUGGAUCGCGCUGACCCUAUUCCUCAUCACGCUCAUCGAGACGCGGCAUUCGCUCGUCGACCCCGCCACCUACAGCGUCUUCAACAUCCUCUUCGAGAUCGUGUCGGGGUACACCACCAUCGGCAUCAGUAUCGGUCUGCCGGAUCAGAGCUACAGCUUCAGCGGGGGUAUGUAUACCGGGAGCAAGAUCGUGAUGAUUCUGGUCAUGCUGCGAGGACGGCAUAGGGGAUUACCGGUGGCUUUGGAUCGGGCCGUUCGGUUGCCGGGGAGGAAGCUUUCUGAGGAGGAGGAGGAGGAUGCUGAGAUUCGGAGCAUGUCGGCUGGUUUGCGUUGA